GAAAGUUGCCCCUCCAUAUUCUGUUCAAUUUCGCCGCCUACUUCUGUCCGCCAUGGAAAUUGAAGAGUUCUCUGCUCGUUUCACUUCUCUGCUGGAGUCUUCUCGAACUUCAGUGGACGACUUGUUUAAAGCUGCUUCCACCGGAGACCUUGCUCCGUUCCAGCAUCUGGUUGAAGCCUUUAAGUCGGAGGAACUUUUCCUUAAGAUGGCUCUGAACGUCGGUGAUGAGAAUUGUAAGAGCUUUUUACAUGUUGCGGCCGCUAGAGGACGAAAGAAGCUGUGCAAGUUUCUUUUAGAGGAAGGAAAACUCGACAUCAAUGUGAAGGAUUGUGAAGCUGGUGAGACUCCUCUGCUUCAUGCGACUAAGGAGGGGCAUUUUCCGACGGCUGCUUUUCUUCUUGAGAAUGGAGCCGAUCCGAAUUCGAGAAGUUGGAAGAGGCGCACUUCAUUGCACUACGCCGCAGAACAUGGAUCCAAGGAACUUAUUCAGCUCUUAAUAUCAAAAGGGGCUGAAAUUAAUGCUGUGGCUGAUUGUGGUACACCAUUGCAAUAUGCAGCAGGGAAGGGCAAGGAGGAAUUUGUCAAGCUUCUGUUGGAUCACCAUGCAGAUCCAAAUGUGAUUUCUCAUGAUCUAUUUUCCCCAUUGCUGGCAUCCAUCCGGGCUCAGUCUCUUGAAUGCAUGAAGCUGCUGCUUAAGGCUGGAGCUAAUCCUAACUUUCAUGGUUCCAAAGGAAUGACUCCAUUAGGAUAUGCAGCUUCUGAAGGGUUGAAAGAAUUUAUUAAAUGCCUGCUGAAUGCCGGAGCUGAUCCAAAUAUUGCUAACAAUUUAGGGAUGACACCAAUUGAAGAAGCUGCAUUGGCAAAUAAACGUCGGGUUGUUAGGAUCCUCUUCCCCUGGACUUCUCCAAUUCCCACUAUUCGUGAGUGGAGCAUUUCUGGACUAUUGAAGCAAGUUCAGUCUGAUGAGACUAGAGAAAAGAUGGAGCUGAAGUUGAAAGAGUUAUUUCUGAUUUCAAAGUCAAAGGGAGCUAGAUCUUUCAACAGCAAGGAUUAUUUUCUUGCAGUACUGUGGUACACAGAGGCAAUAUCUUGGAAUCCUAAUGAUGCAACUGUGCUAUCUGAACGAAGCCUCUCUUGGGCCAAGAUGAAUGAAGGGGGGCUUGCAUUGGAAGAUGCUAAAGCUUGCAUUAAGCUGAGCCCAAAUUGGUCAGAGGCAUAUUACAGGGAAGGUGUUGCAAGGAUGCUAUUGAAAGAUCUUUGUUUUAUGAUACAUAAUCCCGGGAAUUUGACAAAGCUGCUGGUGCUUUUUUCCACGGUUUUAUGUUGGAUCCUGAAAACAAGGCGCUCGAAUGUGCAUUUAGGAGCGAGAGGAACGAACUGCUUGUUUCCAGCUGCUUACACUGGAGACCUGACUCCGUUCAAGAGUAAUUUCAGUCUGGUGAAUGAGCUUCGAAGGAAGGAAGGUCGGGAAGGUUCUGUUGAAGCAAAGCUGAAUGCUGGGGAUUCCGAUGGUCUGGCUGCUUUGCAUUACGCGGCUGUCGGCGGAAGAACUCAGAUCGUUAAGUUUCUGGUGGAGGAAGCAAAAAUUGACAUCGAUAUCAAGGAUUUGAAAGCCGGUCAGACUCCUCUGCAUCAUGCAAUUAUGGAGGAGCAUUUUCAAACAGCGUUUACCUUCUUGAGCAAGGUGCAAGUCCCAAUGCCCCCGCUAAGAAGGGGCGCACACCGCUACAUUAUGCAGCAGAAUUUGGAUUCAAAAUUGGGAUAUAUGUUAUGGAGAAGGAAUCCUCAUGUUAGUUGCUUGUGCUCUAAGGCUGGUGAUUAGCUGUUUUUUCCUUCUUGAUUUAUUGAGUGAAUUUUAGUUUUUUUUUUUCAUAUAUAAUUUUUUUUUUUAUUAUUACCUGUGGAAGAUUUUGGUCCUUUCUUUACGUUUCACUGGGUGCAUGUAAUGUAGUCUUUCGUCAAUUUUAGACUUGAGGUAUUUAUAGGCUUUUAU